CUGUGCCAGGGUUGCCAGAGCGAGAGCUGCGUGGAGCAAAGCGCCAUGGCUCAGCCCAAGGGCACGGUGGUCCUCGCCUACAGCGGGGGCCUCGACACCUCCUGCAUCCUGGUGUGGCUGAAGGAGCAGGGCUACGACGUUGUCGCCUACCUGGCCAACAUCGGGCAGAAGGAAGAUUUUGAGGCAGCACGAAAGAAAGCGCUGGGGCUGGGGGCCAAGAAGGUUUACAUCGAGGACAUCAGCAAGGAGUUUGUGGAGGAGUUCAUCUGGCCGGCAGUGCAGGCCAACGCUCUCUACGAGGACCGGUACCUGCUGGGCACGGCGCUGGCACGGCCCUGCAUCGCCCGCAAGCUGGUGGAGAUUGCCCAGCAGGAGGGAGCCCAGUAUGUCGCCCACGGGGCCACUGGCAAGGGCAACGACCAGGUUCGGUUCGAGCUCACCUGCUACGCCCUGUGUCCUAAGAUCAAGGUCGUUGCGCCGUGGAGGCUGCCUGAGUUUUACCAGCGCUUCCCUGGGCGCCGCGAGCUGAUGGACUAUGCCAAGAAACACGGGAUCCCGGUGCCUGUGACACCCCAGACGCCCUGGAGCAUGGAUGAAAACCUCAUGCACAUCAGCUACGAAGCCGGGAUCCUGGAGAACCCCAAGAAUCAGGCCCCCCCCGGGCUCUACACGAAGACCUGCGAUCCGGCCACCUCUCCCGACACCCCGGACGUGCUGGAGAUCGAAUUUGAGCGGGGUGUCCCCGUGAAGGUCACCAACACCCGGGACGGAGCCACUCGUUGCUCAGCCCUGGAGCUCUUCGAGUACCUGAACGACAUCGCGGGCAAGCACGGCGUCGGGCGCAUCGACAUCGUGGAGAACCGCUUUGUCGGGAUGAAGUCCAGAGGUAUCUAUGAGACCCCAGCGGGAACGAUUCUAUACCAUGCGCAUUUAGAUAUCGAGGCCUUCACCAUGGACCGGGAAGUACGGAAAAUCAAGCAGGGGCUCGCCUUGAAAUUCUCCGAGCUAGUGUACAACGGCUUCUGGCACAGCCCCGAGUGCGAGUUCCUCCGGCAGUGCAUCGGGCGCUCGCAGGAGGCGGUGGUGGGCACCGUGUGCCUCUCCGUCUUCAAGGGCCAGGUCUACGUCCUGGGCAGGGAGUCCCCGCGGUCGCUGUACAACGAGGAGCUGGUGAGCAUGAACGUGCAAGGAGACUACGAGCCCGCCGAUGCCACCGGCUUCAUCAACAUCAACUCGCUGAGGCUGAAGGAAUAUCAUCGUCUCCAGAGCAAGGUCACCGUAAAGCAGGAUGAAUAGCAAUCAAUCGCACGCGAGGCUCCCGCUCCCCUUUCUAAUUUCUCUAAGAACUAGCACUAAUUGUGGUGGUAAUUUGUAAUUGUAACUCGUCUCCCCGGAGUCACGGCGGAGGUGAUGGCUUUGUUAUGGGCAGCAAGUGAAAUGCAAUCAUUAAAAAAAGGUGGUCGGCCAGAGGAGAAGUGGGGAAAGAAAUAAAAACCCAGCCACGCGCUGGGUCCGCUCAUUGAGA